AUGGAAUCUGUUCAUUUAGCUCGACAACGUUAUAGGAAGUAUCCUCUUUUGUUAUCAAAGUGUGGAAAAGACGCUGCACAAUAUGCAACAUGUGUAUUAAAAAAAGACAAUGUUAAUAUGAAUGAUUGCAAAAAGGAAUUUAUGGACUUUAAAAACUGUUUACAAAAGGCGGCAGCAUCUUUAAAAACCAGAAUUUAGUCAUAAAAAAUGACAACAUUAUGGGAAAAUUUUGUAAAUAUUGAUUAUAAAAAACAUUUAGUUAUAUCUGUAUUCAUAAGAAUACUAUUGGUAAGUUAUAGCAUACACCAUGAUGAAUUUUCAAAAGUAAAAUACACAGAUAUCGAUUAUAAAGUUUUUACAGAUGCUGCUAGACAUUAUUUAGAUGGCAAUUCUCCUUAUGAUAGACAUACUUAUCGUUACAGUCCUUUAGUAGCAAUACUUUUAUCUCCUAAUAUUAUACUUCACAACAGUUUUGGUAAAUUGCUGUUUUGCUGUACUGAUAUUUUAGUGGCACUUUUAAUUCGAUCCAUUGUAAAAAACACAGUAACAGAAUAUGAUUCUUACAAACAGAAAAA